AUGGCGCGCUGGAUCGCCAAUGCUGGCCUGGCUGGUGUGCCGCUGACCCUUGCGACAAUUCGUGAGCAUGUUGCGAGCAUGGCGCGCAGCAUGUCUCUGCCGCCGACUUUCCGGUGCUCCAUCGGUUGGGUCCGCCGUGCCUUGCGCCGCCAGGGUGUCAAGUGCAUCGCGGCAUGUGGCGAGGCGGCCGACCAGGACCUCGCCGCCGUCCGUACGACUCGGGAGAAGCUCCCACAGCUCAUCAUGCACCUCUCCGUGAGGCCGCGCGACACCUACAACUUCGACGAAACUGCCCUCUACACUUCGGUGUUUCCUCGCAAGACGUACGGCGCUGGCCGUGUGGCUGGAAGGAAGGAGGUGAAAGAUCGCCUCACCGUCGGCUUUCUCGUCAACGCUGACGGCUCUCACUCCUUCCACCCCUUGGUGAUCUCCAAGGCGAAACGCCCCCACGACUUCCGCCCUAACUUCGAUCCGGAGGAGUUUUGCUUCUGGCGCAACACCGCCAAAGGCUGGAUGGCCUCACCGCUUUUCACCCUCUUCAUCGAGCAGCUGAACGCUGCCAUGUAUGCCGAGGAUCGGCAUAUUGUGAUUCUGCUCGACAACGCGAGCAGCCAUGUCCUCACCACGCGUGGCGCCACCUCCGAAGACCUUUUCGGGUUCCGCACGCGUUCUCUCUCGAACAUCCGCCUUGUGUAUCUCCCACCGAAUACCACCUGCUUCACCCAGCCACUCGAUCAGGGGCUCAUCGCCAUGGCAAAGGCGCGGUACCGGCAGCAUUGGCUCCGCGCCUUCACCGCCCGAUGGAAUGCGGAAGGAGCGACCUCGUGCGUGGCUUGCUUCAAGCCCAACAUCCGCGGCGUCAUUGCCUGGCUCAACAACGCGUGGAUGAACAUCGAGUUGCGCACCAUCCAGCGUUGUUGGUGGCGCACCGGCUGCCUCCCGCGCGCGUGGGCCAUGGACCUUCCUUACGUGGGCGACGACGCAGUCGGUGCGGGGCGAGCUGAGGACAUAGGCCUUGACGAGGAGAUCGGGGAUGUUGGCAUCCUCAUCGAUCGCCUCGGCCUCGGCUCAAGCGCAAUGCCGGCAGCGGCAUUGGUCGCCAUCGACGACAACCGGCCAACAUGCGCAGAGCCGGGCGAGGAUCCGCUCGCGACCGAGCCGCCAACCGCGCCUUCUGCGGAGAUGUGGGAAGCCCCCGCCACCAUGCAAGCCGUCUACGAAGACAGCAACCCCGAGACCCGCGAGGCACGGCGCUACGCUCGCGCGGCCUCCGAGAUGCUCAUCGGCUAUGCGAAGGCAACCGGCAUCACCCCGCGGGACUUGUGUGCGCUCUUCGACAUCCGCAACCCCAUCAUCAGGGCGCGUAUGGAGCGCGCCAGCCCGCCGAUUAAUCUCAACAUCACCCCGCCGCCUGCCAUGCCUGAGAGCGUGUCGCCACCGGCCGAGACACCUCGUCGCCGUGGCCGCGUACUGCCGGCAUGGACAACGGAGCCCACCCCAUCGGGGGUGACCCUGGCUCAGCGGGUGGCGCGCCGCCAGGAGCUGAUCGACGGUGGCGGGGUGUGUCAGUUCUGCGUGACUCGGGAGGGCCUCUCCGGGGAGAGGAGGCGGGAGAGAGCGGGACUGAGGCGGCGGUGGCCAGUGCGGGCGAGGCCGAUGGCACGUGAGCCUAAGCGCCUGUGCGCGCUGGCGCUGGCAUGGUGGCUCGCCUUCCUUGUCGCAACGCCCGUCGCGCCAGUCAACGCCGUGCCGCUCGAAGCCACACAAGUGCAAUUCUUGCAGGAGUGCCAGGCGGCAUGGGGCCAGAGCAUCCCGGGGUGGAGUGGUGCGAGUCCGGACUGCAGCAGUGCCACGGGCCUCACGUGCGACCCCUCCGGCAUGAUCGUGGCCCUGCAACUCCGGAACUACAAGCUGGGAGGGCAGAUUCCAAACUCCCUCAGCAACCUAAGGAAGGUCACCUAUCUGGAUCUCGCAAGCAACCAGCUGCCAGGCAGCAUCCCUGCCACCGUGACUGCGCUCAGCCUGCUGAAAUAUCUGUGGAUUUUCAACAAUACCCUCACCGGCUCUAUCCCGGCUGGCAUUGGCUCACUGACUAGCAUGCUCUCCUUUUCCCUCUCUACCAACCAGCUCACCAACUCCAUCCCCACUGACAUUGGCUUGCUAUCAAAGCUGGUAACCUUGGAUCUUUCGAGGAACCAACUUUCAGGCAGCAUUCCUUCUACUGUUAGUGCCCUUGCUCAGCUCACUCUCCUUUAUCUUUAUGAUAAUCAACUGACUGGCUCUAUCCCUGCGGAGGUUGGCUCAUUGAGGAAGUUGGUGCACUUGUCCCUUCUACGUAACCAGCUCACGGGCUCAAUCCCUGCAGAGAUUGGCUCAUUAUCUCUUCUGAAAUACCUGUCCCUUAGGAGUAAUCAGCUCACGGGUUCCAUCCCUGCGGAAAUUGGAUCAGUACCAUCUCUCUUAUCACUCACUCUCGAAGCCAACAUGUUGUCAGGAUCUGUGCCCUCCUCGAUCACAAAGCUCACUGGUCUUUCUUUCUUUUCCCUCUCUACCAACCAGCUCACCAACUCCAUCCCCACUGACAUUGGCUUGCUAUCAAAGCUGGUAACCUUGGAUCUUUCGAGGAACCAACUUUCAGGCAGCAUUCCUUCUACUGUUAGUGCCCUUGCUCAGCUCACUCUCCUUUAUCUUUAUGAUAAUCAACUGACUGGCUCUAUCCCUGCGGAGGUUGGCUCAUUGAGGAAGUUGGUGCACUUGUCCCUUCUACGUAACCAGCUCACGGGCUCAAUCCCUGCAGAGAUUGGCUCAUUAUCUCUUCUGAAAUACCUGUCCCUUAGGAGUAAUCAGCUCACGGGUUCCAUCCCUGCGGAAAUUGGAUCAGUACCAUCUCUCUUAUCACU